AUGGCCGUCCUAUCAUCGAUUAACAUGCAAUAUCGUGCCACAAAAACUCGCUAUUUCGGAUGCAUGAUCCAGCAGAAGAAUGAGUAUCUGCCAUCCUUUGCUUGGUGCUUUGGAGGGUGGCAGCCAUUUCUGAAGAGCUCCAGCUUGCCAAAGAUGCUCAAGAAAGAGGGGGCAUGUACCGAUCGACCACAACCGUCGUUCGAAGAGACCAGUGGCACAUCAUCUGAGACCUGGCCACGGCGUAGAGGAAAGAGGGCACAUCUCCGAGCGUCCCACGAUAUCGAGGCAAUUGCAAAGUCCCAAACACAGGGGUAUUCUUAG